AUGGCGAAACCGGGCGAAUUCACCCAUCACCAGAUGCAAACGUUGCGGGAAGCGGCCGCUAUUCUUGGCGUGUCGGUGUCUGCCGUCAUCGCCUGCGAGGAUGGACUGAUCUCUCCUCUCCAGUCCUUUGGCGAGCCGCUCUUAGUUCCACCGAUCGACAACCCAUCUAUGCCCAGCCGGCCAGACCUUGUCCAGUUUUCCUCAUUUGACUUCUCGGCUGGUUCUGGCCUGGGCGAUAUUGGUUUGACAUCGAGCGACACAAUGGGGUUGAUGGACGCGAACAAUAUGGAGUUGAAUGCGGCUGGUUUGCCCCUGGGCUGA